UUACGGUUUUAAAUGUUUUGGAGUUAGACAAACUUGAGAAGCAAGAGUUUGACUUCGUCAUCGAUAAGGGCACCCUCGACUGUAUACUCUGCGGAGAGAAGUCUUUUGAAAACGUGCAUAAGGCCCUGACCCUCAUCUCUCAAAUCCUGAAGCCUGGGGGAGUGUACAUGAUGAUAUCGUACGGCUCUCCGGUCUUUCGUCUGAACCACCUUCAAAAAAAAGAAUUGCAGUGGACUGUUGAACUCCAAACCCUAGAAAAACCCUCACUAAACGCCUCAACGGAGGUGGAGGAGAAGUCAGACGUCCACUACAUUUAUAUUUGCAAAAAAGAAAAGGUAGCAGUGUUUGUGCAGCCGCCUGCUGAAGAGGCCCCAGAGGAUGAGAAGAAGCAGCCUGAGAGCUGA